ACCCCGGAGCUCCACUGCGUAUGAGGUUUGGUGCUACUGCUGCCCCGGAGUGAAAGUCAGAGCCAGAGGAAGGCAAUGGAGCCCCCACAGACACACUUACCUUUCCUGCCCCCCACUUUUGAGUGCCUUCCCUGGAGCUGUGGAGGAUGACACAAAGGGAUUUGAAUUAAUCGAGAUGAGCAGUCGUAAAACCAAGAGUAAUGCACAUGCAGAGUGUCUUUCACAGGUACAAAGAAUUUUACGUGAAAGAUUUUGUCAUCAUAGUCCACAUAGCAACCUCUUUGGAGUGCAAGUACAAUACAAGCAUUUGAUUGAGCUACUCAAAAGAACUGCUAUCUAUGGAGAAAGCAAUUCUGUACUCAUUGUUGGACCACGAGGAUCAGGAAAGACCACAUUAUUAAAUCAUGCUUUGAAAGAACUCAUGGAAAUAGAAGUGAGUGAAAAUGUGAUACAAGUUCACUUAAAUGGACUCCUGCAGACAAAUGAAAAAAUUGCUCUGAAAGAGAUCACAAGACAAUUAAAUCUAGACAAUGUAGUUGAAGAUAAAGUUUUUGGAAGCUUUGCUGAAAACCUUUCAUUUCUUCUGGAAGCUUUGCAAAAAGGUGACCGGACUAGCAGUUGCCCAGUGAUCUUCAUACUGGAUGAAUUUGAUAUUUUUGCUCAUCAGAAAAAUCAAACACUCCUUUAUAAUCUUUUUGACAUUUCUCAAUCUGCACAGACACCAGUAGCAGUUAUUGGACUUACAUGUAGAUUGGAUAUUUUGGAACUCUUAGAAAAGAGAGUGAAGUCACGAUUUUCUCACCGGCAGAUACAUUUAAUGAAUUCAUUUGAUUUUCCACAAUAUUUGAAAAUAUUUAAAGAACAGUUAUCUCUACCUGCAGAAUUCCCAGAUAAGGCUUUUGCUGAGAGAUGGAAUGAGAAUGUUCACUGUCUCUCUGAAGAUUCAACUGUGCUUGAAGUCCUACAGAAACAUUUCAGUGUCAACAAAAACUUGCAGUCAUUACACAUGCUAUUGAUGCUUGCUUUAAAUCGAGUAACCGUAUCACACCCAUUUAUGACUUCAGCAGAUCUGAUGGAGGCACAGCAUAUGUGUAGCUUGGAUUCUAAGGCGAAUAUUGUACAUGGUCUGUCAGUCUUGGAAAUCUGUCUUAUAAUAGCAAUGAAACAUUUAAAUGACAUAUAUGAAGAGGAGCCCUUUAAUUUUCAAAUGGUGUAUAAUGAAUUUCAGAAAUUCAUUCAAAGAAAGGCCCAUUCUGUUUAUAACUUUGAGAAACCUGUGGUCAUGAAGGCAUUUGAGCACUUACAACAGUUGGAAUUAAUAAAACCCGUGGAAAGAACUUCAGUAAAUUCUCAGAGAGAAUACCAGCUAGUGAAACUACUUUUGGAUAAUACUCAAAUUAUGAAUGCUCUACAGAAAUACUCCAACUGCCCUACAGAUGUUAGGCAGUGGGCAACAUCCUCACUAAGCUGGCUGUGAAGAUUUUAAGUACAUUUCUGUGAAGACCUUAAAGUACUGUUCUUUAUUUAAUAAGAUACGCUACUACAUUGCUUUGUUUAUAAAUAGUUUAUGGGAAAUUUGCACUUAGUAUGUUUUGAAUAAUGACCACGCAUGGACACAGUUUCAUUAAUUUAAAUUGCACCACACAAGUAGCAGUUCAUAAGAAUAAAAUGUGCUUAUUUUACGCAUGGUCCAUAAAAUGAUUUGAUACUCUUUUAAAGUGUAUGUGGUCCAUUAGAAAGGUUAAUUCCAACAAAGCAUUUAGUUUACAGAUCAUAAUCCUAAGCAGUCAGGAGAGAAAUACGAACAGAAAUUACAUGAGGAAUAUUCCGGCUAGAUUAGGCGCCUGUGGAUAUUGGAGUUGGGUUGAUUUUCCUGAAUUGGUUCCUAUAGGAUCCUCCAAUUUUGGAUCUUCUACAGAUCCCCCAGUGUUCUAGUUUAGUAAACUGGCCCAUUUGGGCUGAAGAACUUGUGUGGAAAGAGUCCAAACAACUCAUCAUUUUCUUCUCUGCAUAUCUCACCACAAUUGUAGGAUUUUUUUUUCCAUGUACAUUCUUUGUAUAUGUUCAGAAGGGAUCAAAAUUGCCAUCUAACAGGUACCUUAAAGGAUUCCUGGGCAUCUACUUCCACAACUAAUACGUAUUCCACAGUGUUGGCUGUUGGCUUCAAAAAAAGGAAUUCUCUUAACAUGCUAUGUUGGUCAGCGUCCACCUCCUAAGCUCAUAGGCAAAACUCACAGGUUAAAAUGGAAUUUAAUCUCAGAGAUCCUUUGUUCAAGAAUAUUUGAUUGCAUAUUUAGUUGUAGUAAGAUUUUAUAAAAUACAUAAUCCUUUGUAUGUGCAGUUUGUAAAGUAUCUGCAGAAUUAAAUGCUCUUAUUUACAGAUCAGAAAACUAACACCAGUGUCAGGAUCACAGUAUGGGAAUGACUGAUGUGACCUUGAAUGCAGCUUGGUUUGACUGACAUUAAAGCCAGUGUUAAAAACUAAAGCUUAGCAACAAAUGUUUUACUAUUUUUACAGGAUACUGUAAGGAAUAAUUUGACUUUUAAGAAAUCUUAAAUAUAAAUUUUCUGUGCAUUAAUGUAGUACCUCAUAGUUAAAACUUUCUUCAUUCACAGCCUUUCCCUUUCACAGUAAAACAUGCUUAGCUUUCUGUGUCUUUCUUUUAGUCAUGAUAAAAAUGAAGCUGUAAUAUCAAGGUCAUACAAGUAUAAACAUAUAUGUCCAAUUUUUAAACUACUUCCACCUUACAAGUUGUUCAAAAUACAUUAUUAGAUAAUUCUAAAGUGAGAAAAAUUAGAUUCUAAAACACAAAUCACAAGAACGUUUGAUAUUGAAGUGUCUGGCUUUAACAUGUGAUUCCACAAGAGUAGAAGCAAGAAAGGUAUAUACUUUUAGGAGCCUAAAAAACAUUUCCAAACUAGCCCAAGCUAUCUCAACUACAGGAGCGGAGGGGGACGAAUGAUUGUGAACACAAAGUCUGACUUGAAGAUUCUCUGCAAUGAAGAGAAUUCAUUCAUUCACUCUGCUCAAGACUCCACUGGGCCAAGAGAUGGAAGAACAAACAAAAAGGACUUUCCAUGUAGCCUUCCUCCAUGUGGCCUAGUGAAACAUGGAUCUUGUUUAAAAGGCAUCUGAUUUUAUGCAGACACGUGUCUGAAAAAUUAAAAUCCAUUGUCCAAACUUCCAUACAUUAGGUAACGUCUUAUAAUGUAAGGACAUGGUAUCCACUGCCCUAAAGAUUUAGACAUCCAUCACAGACUCUGCAGUGGUGUUUCUACUCCAGUGAGGUACUUUCUACCAUGGUGUGCCUUUUGCUGUGAGUGACUUAACAGUGCAGGUUCUUGUUGCCUUCACUGUUAACCCUGAGAGCACAUAAUCUGAUGCAUGUGUGACUAAGAAUAAGCCUAUGGUCAUGGGCAAGAAGGGCCAACAUAGACACUUGGGUAGAAAUACAGUCUGAUCAAGCAACGGUGUAAGGAAAAGUCCCUAAUUCACAACCUCCUUGAUCUUAUGACCCUUGAAAACCUCAAGACCGAAGCCUGACCAUAAGUUGGAAAGCUCUCAUUACCCUCUUUAACAACAUAAAUUCAUAGCUAAAGAAAAACUGCAUGUGCAAAUAAUACCAUAUUCAUUUUUUAUUUAACAUGGGGAUGGAAUGGGGAUAGCAUACAUUUUAUUUGUACAAUAUUUAACAAUCACUUAUUCAAGGUGGGAUUUUAUGGGGAUUUUUUUCAUUUUUAGCUUUCUGUUAAAUACUUGCAGAAAAAAAAAAUAGCAAGUACAAUAUGACAGUAGUACAACAACCUGUGCCCAAAACACUGACAAGAAAUACAGAGUAAAGCUAAAAUAAUUGUUUACCAAUAUUUUGAGAGGUAACAAAUAGGGAGAUACGGGUUGAGACUGCAUAAAAAACGUACUGCUGGUUGAAUAUCUGAGGUAAAUGAUGUUUAAUCAAGAUGCUACUUGUAUCUUUGUCCAUAAAUUGUAAAUAAUUUUAUGCACAUUAUACCAAAUCUUCCUAAAAAGUAAUUUUUCAAAAAAGUAAAAAAGAGAAACUGGAAAA